ACUGGCAAAAAUUGCUCGCAGUUUAAAAGAGUAAACGAUUGUUGUUCGGUGUGGGUGAAAUCCGUGGCAUCGUCGACUCGUUAAAUUUCGUACAGCGCUGUUUGGAAAUCACGAAGAGUUUCCUGCUAUACGUUUCAUGUCCCUUCGAAGAUGAGACCUGCAACAUAUGCAGUGCUGCUGUUUCUUGUGGCAGCAGUGUCUGGUGUAAGAGGAAUAAACAGCACAGUAAGCCAAGGUGUAGGAAACAGUAGCUUACAAACCAACCUUAGUACCACGGUGAUGCCGAUAACACAGGUCUCUACAGAUCUGCCAGUCAAUGCUACUGAUACUACUCCAGGGAUAAAGAAGGGAAAAUGCUAUGACUUUGAUGUGUUUGUCCUGAAUAACCAACUCAACAUACCUUACACUGUCACAUGCUGUAUUGCUGUCCUCUGUGGAUUUUAUCUGAUUUUAUUUGGUUACAGAUUCUUCAAGUGCAGCCUUUUCCUCUUGGGAUUCCUACAUGCCACCUUUGUCACUUACGUCAUCUCUAUAAACCAUGCUGACCUGCCUAUGUGGGGUAUUGUUGCCGUCAGUGCAGCUGUUGGAGUAUUCUGUGGUCUUUUGACAAUGUUCUGCUCAUACUGUGGUCUAUUCCUGGCAGGAUUAGGUCUUGGAUUUUUCAUUGGUGUAGCCAUAUUUUUUGUCAUCUCAACAUUUUACCAUGUGACUCUUGUGUGGAUACCAUUUGGGGUUCUCCUUGGCUUAAGUUUGAUCUUCAGUUUAUUGACAUUAAGAUGGCAGAAAGGAUUCUUCAUUGUGGCAACGUCUCUCAUUGGUGCUGCACUGAUAACAGGUGGUGUGGACUAUUUCACUGAAGAGUUUGUGCUUCUCAAUUACACCCGACAGCACAUCAUGGCAGGUGAUGUCCAGGUGGAGUGUUGGGUGACGUGGAUCAUCCUAGCAAUAUGGCCUGUCAUGUUCAUCCUUGGAAAUGUGGUGCAGUUCUGUAAAACAGGAAGAAGUUUUAGUCACAAGAAAAGAUCAGACUCUGUCUCUCUCCAAGGUGAAGAUAAAGCCAUGAAGAGAUACCGCAGCCUCAACAUGAAUGGCGAUGUUGUUGCUAAGUCCUAUUAUACAAAAGAUGAAGAUGAAAGACGUCCCACUGAAGUAUAAUAUUUUAACUUCCCAAAAACUCACUUGUGCAGCUGAACUAAGACAAGAAAUUUGCAGUCUUCCAAGUUGACCAUUGAGUUCUCUGUGCUGAAUCUGGAAAGUCUCUCUGCUGAUCAUGCAUUUUUAGUUUUAGGUUCAAUGAUUUUGGUAUUACCUUAAAUAACCUGUAGACUGAGUCUUUCAAAGCCUUAAAGUCUUUUCAAUCAUAACUUUUUUUGUACAUGCAUAGGUGACUAUGAUUAUGAGACUUAACCGACAGCUCAUCAACAUCUCAUCAAGCCCCUUGUCUUGGAGCAAUUUAAGAAUUGUUUUGCAUUUCCUCCGUUCACUAUAAAGCUGUGGAUUAGUCACCAUAAUCUAUGUGAACAUAAGUAAAAGAUGAUAUAAUUCAGUGAAUGACACAGGCGUACUCAGGAAAAAAAGAUCUGAGUGCUCCCUAUAAGAGCUAAACCUAUGACCUUCCUAUUAUGUAAUUUAGAAAUGACCAUGUUCAUUUUACAAUAUGUUAACAUGAUGCGUCAAUCAACUUAAAGCUUCAAAAACCCCUCACCCCUCUCUCCAGCAGCACUCUGGCAUUAUGGCAUUUUAACUCAAAAUAUGAUGUUAAAGUUUCAAAUUGAUUGGCACAUAAGAAAUCCAUAGUUUGCAGGAUGAAGCAUGUGCAUUAUCAUGAAAAAGGUGCCAGGGAGUUUCAAAGUAAUUUUAUGAUUGAUAAAUGUAAAUGUGUGAUCAUAUAGAGAUGAUGAGGAAAUUUUGAUGCUGAUAGACAUGAAAAAAAUAGGAUACUUCUAACAGUUCAUGUACAGCUUCAAAUUUUGUUUACAGUCUAAAGUUAAAUCUGAAACUAUGAGACAAGGUUGUUUGAAAAGGAUGAAUGUUUGAAUCUUACAAGUUUUUUUCCUAUAAUGAAAUCUUUAAACAUUGUAUUAUUUUGUCAACCUUGGUAGACAGGUUUCUUUUGAUUUUCAACCUCUAUAACUUUUAUCUGAGAUGGUUGACAUUCAUGAAGGAAUUUUUUAGUUUUAUUGCAGCCAGGAAUGAAUUUUAUGUAAUUUAUUUGUUCAACAAACAAAGGAACAGCCAACUAUGAGUGAGUAUGUACAAGGAGUGUGGCUAUUGAUAUAUUUUUUCGUAGCAUUAUGUAUAGAGUUAGAUUCAUUAAACUGUAGAUACAUUCCAUCAAAGAGUC